AGACGUUACAGUGCAACAAUGCAACAGUCUUAAAUAUAUUUUUCAAGUCUCCAUCAUAGCCGGUGUUUUUCAGCAGCUACAAAAGUUGAUAGUAAAGGAAUGUGUAGUGGAGGAAAUAGUUUCCCAGGAAGAGGGCGUAGAAAAAUUAAUGCCUGAUCAGUUCUUCCCAGAGCUAACAUGUUUGGAAUUUACAAGUCUAUUCCAACUUGAGAGAUUCUAUCUAAAGAUGCCUGCUAUCAACUGGCCACUCAAAACAUUAGUGUUGUCUGAUUGUCAGAAAAUGGAUAUCUUUACCGCGGAAGUUUCAGGCCUUCAAAAAACACAUGACUUGGGGAAUCUGCGUACUCGGGUUAAACAAUAUCAUGUUCUAUUUGAGAAGAGUUCAUUUUCCAAACUGGAAGUUUUGACCUUCGGCCCCGCGAACAUCUGGUACGGUCUACCUGCCCAUGAGAAAGCUCUUUUUCCUGCUACCAGUACAGAUGGGUCCCUUCCACAUUUGAGAACGUUGAGGGUACAUGGAAUGGAGAAGUUUAUGCGUCUCUGGGAGAACACCAAACCUGCAGCUGACUCAGCUUUUCCAAAGAUGGAAACUCCUGAGGUGAAGAAUUCUGAAUUGACUAAUCUAGAGUUGUCUGGAAUAUCCUUGCAGAAUCUAACAAUUUUAGAAGUAACCUUUUUGUUUUUAUUAUUAGUAGCCUUCCUGCACUCAUGA